AUGUGGGAAGUAGGUGACUAUUUUCGCCGACCUCUUUCAUUUUGGAAUCCAACAGCCAAGAAACAAUCUCGUGAGACCGCAAUACCAACAGGGUCUGUAUGGCUCCCAGGGAUUCCAUCUUACUCUAAAUGGCGCAACAGCGCUUGUGAUUGCCUUGACAUUCUUCACUGGACGGCUAAUAGUACCAUCGCGAAGGCUGCUGGGCUGGAACACCCCACGGUCCUCCAUUUGCAUGCCUCGCGCCUUAUCCUACUUGCGCCUUUUCGGGAAAUUCGAUCUAUGGCCACAUCUCUUGCAACAGAGAAGCUUCGUUGGCAUAAACGCCAUCAAGCAAUCGAAUGGCAGUAUAUCUGGCGCUGGAUUCGACAUGAUCAAUACAAAGCUCGAUUAUCCAUGAUACAUGCCGGCGUCACCCUCUGGCAUGUCCGGCGAUACUCCACAAACUCUUUUCACGAGCCGAUGGCUGCUUUCCUCGCUGUGUUAUCCCUGUGGGCAUAUGGAUCAUGCCACGCGAAUACGCCGGAUGAGUCGAGUCCACAUACACAAGCGUCACGGACAGAAUCAUUACAGGAGCCGAGUUUUAUUCAUCUUGAUCGGCCUUGUGAUGAUGAGUUGGUCCAACUUUUCGUUCGCGAGGGCCACUCGAUGCGAGGAAACGUAACUGGCGUUGGGGACAUAUGUGCACCAGAGGGACCAGAGCGGAUUUUGCGGGUUGGCUGCGAAAUUCUGGGUAAUCUCACAGCCUGGGGAGUCUCAAAGAGAUUCAUCUCUAUUCUGACUCGGCUUGCAGAUCUCGCGUCGCGGAAUGCGGAUGGAGAACAGAGCCGCAAUGGUGGAAGAACUGCGGACGGUCGUUGA